AUGGUAGCACAUUCAGUUGCCAAGAACCAAGAAAAGCUUGUCCUUACAGUGGGAUGGGGCAUAUUUGUUAAAACCUUUGGUCUAGAGAUGGGUGACACCAUAUUAUUCAGAUACAAUGGAAACUCCCAGUUUAGUGUCAUAAUCUUUGAUACACUUGGCUAUGAGAAGGCACUUUCAGUUGUGGAUCUUUUGCGCCUCUUGUGCAAGAAAGGCGCACAACUGAAGAAGAAGGUCAAUCUAUCUUCAUUUCUUUUUGAAGGAGAUUCUUUCUCCUCUGAAGAUGGCCAUGGAGGACGGGAUGCCAUUGUCAAGAAGGCGGCAAAAUUAACUUCAGCUCAGAAGGAGCAGUUGAAGGACGGUUACAUCACCGUGCGCAAGACCAAACUAACUUCAGCUCAGAAGGAAGUGGUGAAGCAGAAGGUCCAAUCUAUACACUCAGAGAUCCCCAUCUUUGUUGCUGUGAUGAGCAAGACCAACGUUGAUUCAGGAUUUUUUCUGACUUUCUCCAGGUACUAUGCUAAUAAAUAUCUUGGAGAGGAGCCACAGAUGUCUCUUCAGCUGCUUGGCAAGAAGUGGGGGGUGCGGUUCCUUGACCACCGUUGCGAUAGAAGGCUUGGAAGUGGAUGGAGACAGUUUGCAGAAGAAAACAAUCUGAAGAUGGGUGAUAUCUGCCUCUUUGAGCUGCUGAGCAAUCAGAAGAGAACUAUGGAGGUCUAUAUCAUCCCUGCGAAUGAUUACAAUUACCCGGCAGGUGUCCAGAAUGAUGUGGACCAGGAAGCGCUCAAAGGUGGUUCAGCGGCGCUGCAGAGAGAGGCCCUUGCUCAUCACUCGGAUGGAGCGCGUGAUCCUGACUCGAUGUUGCUUCACAUCACUAAUUAACACUGAAGCUAUGAGAUGAUGUUACCCCAGAUGGUGCCUGAUCGCCCAAGGAAAAGCCUCUGGUGUCUGAACCAAGCAUAACUGCUGUUUGUGCGCUGUGGGGGAAAUGGGGGAAACGAGCGAUCCUAUCGAUC